AUGCGUAGCCAGUUGCUCUUCUGCACAGCAUUUGCUGCUCUCCAGUCGCUUGUGGAGGGCAGCGAUGUGGUGUUGGAGUCAUUGCGAGAGGUCCCUCAGGGCUGGAAGAGGCUUCGAGAUGCGGACCCCGAGCAGUCCAUCAAGCUGCGCAUUGCGCUUGAGCAGCCUAACCUGGACCUGUUCGAGCAGACCCUCUACGACAUCUCGUCACCGGAUCACCCAAAAUAUGGCCAGCAUCUCAAGAGCCACGAGUUACGGGAUAUUAUGGCACCUCGCGAGGAGUCAACUGCUGCUGUCAUCGCUUGGCUGCAAGACGCUGGGCUUUCUGGCUCGCAGAUUGAGGACGACAGCGACUGGAUCAACAUCCAGACGACAGUCGCCCAAGCCAACGACAUGCUGAACACGACUUUCGGUCUCUUCGCCCAGGAAGGCACCGAGGUCAAUCGAAUUCGAGCUCUGGCAUAUUCCGUGCCUGAGGAGAUCGUCCCUCACGUCAAGAUGAUUGCUCCCAUCAUCCGCUUCGGUCAGUUGAGACCUCAGAUGAGCCACAUCUUCUCGCAUGAGAAAGUCGAGGAGACCCCGUCUAUUGGCACCAUCAAGGCCGCCGCUAUCCCAUCUGUGGAUCUUAACGUCACCGCUUGCAAUGCCAGCAUCACCCCCGAGUGCCUCCGAGCGCUUUACAACGUUGGUGAUUACGAGGCGGACCCAUCGAAGAAGUCUCUUUUCGGAGUCUGUGGCUACUUGGAGCAAUAUGCCAAGCACGAUCAGCUGGCCAAGUUUGAGCAGACCUACGCUCCGUAUGCUAUCGGUGCCGACUUCAGCGUCGUGACCAUCAAUGGCGGAGGCGACAACCAGACCAGUACGAUCGAUGAUGGAGAAGCCAACCUGGAUAUGCAGUAUGCUGUCAGCAUGGCAUACAAGACGCCAAUCACAUACUAUUCAACUGGGGGUCGAGGACCUCUUGUUCCAGAUCUCGACCAACCUGAUCCCAACGACGUCUCAAACGAGCCGUACCUUGAUUUUGUGAGCUACCUUCUCAAGCUGCCCGACUCCAAAUUGCCGCAGACCAUCACAACUUCGUACGGAGAGGAUGAGCAAUCCGUUCCACGCUCCUACGUGGAGAAGGUCUGCACCAUGUUCGGCGCGCUCGGUGCCCGAGGCGUGUCUGUGAUCUUCUCCUCUGGUGAUACCGGUGUCGGCUCAGCGUGCCAGACCAACGACGGCAAGAACACCACCCGCUUCCUGCCUAUAUUCCCUGCUGCGUGCCCUUAUGUGACCUCGGUUGGAGGCACUCGCUAUGUCGACCCGGAAGUCGCUGUGUCCUUCUCGUCUGGAGGCUUCUCGGACAUCUUCCCUACGCCACUCUACCAGAAGGGCGCUGUCUCUGGCUACCUGAAGAUCCUCGGCGAUCGCUGGAAGGGCCUCUAUAACCCUCACGGCCGCGGUUUCCCUGACGUCUCCGGACAGAGUGUCAGAUACCACGUCUUCGACUACGGCAAGGACGUCAUGUACUCUGGCACAAGUGCCUCUGCACCGAUGUUCGCCGCGCUUGUCUCGCUGCUGAACAACGCCCGUCUCGCAAAGAAGUUGCCGCCCAUGGGAUUCCUGAAUCCCUGGCUGUAUACCGUUGGUUUUAACGGGCUGACGGAUAUUGUGCACGGUGGAUCUACUGGGUGCACUGGCACAGACGUGUACAGCGGCCUGCCCACACCUUUCGUUCCGUAUGCGUCUUGGAACGCAACCGUGGGAUGGGACCCCGUUACUGGACUUGGCACGCCUCUCUUUGAUAAGCUGCUCAAUUUGAGCACGCCAAACUUCCACUUGCCGCACAUUGGCGGUCACUAG